UUAUCGCGCUGGCACGCAAUUGACUCCCCCCCAGAAUGCACCGCGUAGCCCAUUGAGGAUGCAGGGAAACGGGCGCACAGUGCGGUUUUGAUAGGAUUCCCAUCUCCUCUAACGGAUCUCUGCCGGUGGUAUUCGGGAAUUCAUCCGUAGCUGCGUUGUAAUUCACGUCCCUAUAUAAUGAGCGUUUAGCUAGCUAGUAAAUCGGUAUUUACCGUUCGCUUUUAAAAGCUCCUUCUGUGAAGAAAAACAAAUAUAUAUAUAUAUUUUGUCAUUAUGGAUGUUUGGAGAACGUUUCGUCCGUCCCACAACCUGUUUUGGUCCGCUUUCGUGGCGUAAAAGUUGUUGGUGUUAUUGUAGCCAGCUCCGAAAGGGUCGGUGGCUUUUCCAGACAAAUCUCAGCCUUUCCUUUUGACUCUUGGACGGCAGGAGUGGAGCAGUUUAUUCCUGGGACUCGGCCUAGUCUAGUAACGUAUCUCACCAAUCUCCAAAGCCUCCAAAAUGUCGAUUUUAGGAUUAAAAAAGAAACAACCAAAGACUUUUAAGGUCAAAGUCAUCACUAUGGAUGCUGAAAUGGAGUUUAGCUGUGAGGUGAAAUGGAAAGGGAAGGAUCUGUUUGAUCUGGUGUGUCGGACAGUGGGUCUGAGGGAAACCUGGUUCUUUGGGCUCCGGUACACAGUGAAGGACACCUAUGCAUGGCUGAAGACAGAGAAACGGGUCUUGGAUCAAGAGGUCCCUAAAGACUCACCGAUAACGUUUCACUUCCUGGCCAAGUUCUUCCCAGAGAAGGUAGAAGAGGAGCUGGUGCAGGAAAUCACACAACACCUCUUCUUUCUGCAGGUGAAAAAGCAAAUAUUAGACGAGGAAAUUUUCUGUUCUCCUGAAGCCUCUGUCCUGUUGGCGUCGUACGCUGUUCAAGCCAAGUAUGGGGACUAUGAACCAAACUUUCACAAGCCGGGGUUCUUAGCCCAGGAUGAGCUCCUACCUAAAAGAGUUCUGAUGCAGUACCAGAUGACUGCAGACAUGUGGGAGGAGAAGAUCACAGCCUGGUACGCAGAGCACAGAGGCAUCGCCAGGGAUGAGGCUGAGAUGGACUACCUGAAGAUAGCUCAGGACCUGGACAUGUAUGGAGUCAGCUACUUUGCCAUCACUCAAAAUAAACGAGACACAGACCUGCUACUGGGUGUCGAUGCCCAGGGCCUUCAUAUUUACAGCCCCAACAGCAAACUGAACCCCAACAAGUCUUUCCCCUGGAGCGGCAUCCGCAACAUCUCCUACAGCGAGAAGGAGGUAACCACGUUCACAAUAAAACCUCUGGACAAGAAGAAGGAUGUUUUCAAAUUCUACUCCUCCCAACUGAGAGUCAACAAACUGAUCCUGCAGCUGUGUAUUGGGAACCAUGACCUGUUCAUGAGGAGGAGGAAGGUGGACUCCAUCGAGGUUCAGCAGAUGAAGUCUCAGGCCAAGGAGGAGAAGGCUCGCAAGAAGGUGGAGCGUCAGAUCCUUGCACGGGAGAAGCAAAUGAGGGAGGAGGCAGAGCGAGCGAAGGAGGAGAUGGAGAGACGGCUGUUCCAGCUGCAGGACGAGGCACGGCUGGCAAAUGAGGCGCUGUUGCGUUCAGAGGAGACUGCAGAUCUGCUGGCGGAGAAGGCCCAGAUCGCCGAGGAGGAAGCCAAGCUGUUGGCCCACAAGGCUGCCGAGGCGGAGCAGGAGAGACAAAGGAUAGAGGCUACCGCCCUCAAGACCAAGGAGGAGAAGAGACUGAUGGAGCAGAAGAUGAGAGAGGCAGAGCAGCUGGCUGUCAAACUGGUGGAGCAGUCAGAGAGGAGGUCGAAGGAGGCGGACCAUCUGAAGCAGGACCUUACAGAGGCCAAGGAUGCUGAGAGGAGAGCCAAGCAGAAACUCCUGGAGAUCACCAAGACAUCUUAUCCGCUCAUAGCGGCCUACUCCACCCCCCCUCCUCCCCCAGAGGGAGGAGACCAAGCUCUGGGAUCCGGAUCAAUGCGCAUCGACUUUAAAGACUCUGAUAUGAAGAGACUGUCAAUGGAGAUAGAAAGGGAGAGACUAGAGUACGUGGAGAAGAGUAAACACCUGCAGGACCAGCUGAAGGAGCUGAAGUCUGAGAUUGAGUCUCUGAAGUUGGAGGAGCAGCAGCAGCAGGCUGGGGUCUACAGCCUCCGCAACGAGGCCCGCGGCUACCCCCCUGAACCACCCUACAUGCCCCAUAGUAAUAGAAACUCUGCCUACAUGGCUCAGAUGGCUUUUUUUGAGGAAGUGUGAUCCAACUGCCAUUGGAUGAAACAGGGGGUAGGCUAAAUGCCAUUGGAAGACACACAGGGAGGCGGGACAUUGGUUGUGACUCUUGUUCCUUAAUGCCAAGAUAUGCCUACUUCAUCUUUCUAUGUUUUGUGCCUGAUAAAAGGAGCACACUCUCACUCACACACACACACACACACACACACACUCCCAGUGACACUCCAGAAAGGACUGUGCUUUGGAAAGAUUUGUAUUCCUCAGAUGACACACACCACAACACUACAAGUUAUCCGUUCUGUUUUAUUUGAUGCAGCCCUAGUCACACUGCCUGUGGGCGUAUAUUAUCACAGACGGUGCUGUGUGCAUGUUCUGCGGAUGUAUUUUACUUCAAUGUUUGGUUUUUAAAGGGAUGCCUGGUAGAGUGUGAUAGAGAUUUGACUGAGGUAGUUUAUCCUAUAUGACUGACUCUACACUACAGUGUGCCUUUAGGAGAAUAUACUCUCGCAGCGACCAGGAUCAUGUCUGUCAAGCCACCAGGCUUCAGGUGUGAUACCUUGCCUUCGCUGAAUAAUGUCUUACUCUACUCAGUCGUUUUGUUGUAGCAUGGUCGAACUGAUCUUCUCCAGAGCAACAUGUGUCCUGCAUCACAUUAUGCCUCCUAACCAUUGUCAAUUCAAACUGUCAUUUCAACGGUUUUAUGUUUUUAGUAUUUUAGACUGUUGACGUGCCUUUAACUUUGCUUUUUAAAACGUUUUCUUCACGUUACGAACAUUAAAUAUGCAAUCCCUCGUUCACUAGUUCCUGUUAUGGAGCAUCCCAAAAGGCACCCUACUCCCUAUUUAGUGCACUGCCUUUGACCAGUGCCCUAUUUAGUUCAUUUAUGGUGACAUUUGGGACAAUGACCUGCCUGGAUUGUCAAACACCUCUGUUUAGCUCCAACACCUCUGGGGUGGGUUUAGCUCCAACACCUCUGGGGUGGGUUUAGCUCCAACACCUCUGGGGUGGGUUUAGCUCCAACACCUCUGGGGUGGGUUUAGCUCCAACACCUCUGGGGUGGGUUUAGCUCCAACACCUCUGGGGUGGGUUUAGCUCCAACACCUCUGGGGUGGGUUUAGCAGGCAGACAAGCCCACUUCUCUUCUGAUUUCUACGACAUCUUGUUAGUGCUUAGCUCAGAGGAAGGUUCCAUCUAGAAAAGUAGGGAAGACAUUCUGUAUAUGGAGGAGGAGAAGAGGGAGACAGAAGGUGGUUUGUGCUUGUGAAGGAAGUAGAUUUUAGAUGUAAUAACUCAUGGUUAAGGGUUGGGGUCAAUUCUAUUUCACAGAAAUGAUCUGAAAUUAACAGACUAUAUAAUAAGAUUAUAAUGCCUAUUUGCUGAGUUGAAAUGGUCUGGACCCAACCUUUGUUGUGUUUUUAGAAUGGGAACCAUGUCUUAAAUGGCCAGAUAUCCUAACUAACAGAACACUGCUUGGCAGAUUAUGCAACAUUUUUAAGGUUGGGGGUUGGUUUGGCAAUUUUGUGGGUGCAGACACCUGCACGUACAGAGACACACAGCCAUGUAUUCAAACCAUGUGUCAAUAUCACAUUUAAACCCUACAUUUUAUUAGUCAUUUUUAUUGUAACAUAAAUUAUUGUUAGAUCUGUUUUACAGAAGUUUCCUGUAACCGAUGUCAGGUUUGAAUCGAAACUGUUGUUUUGGAUGGCAGGAUAUCACACACGCACUCUCAGCAUAAGUGUUGUGUACAUGUGUUUUUCAUUUCUGAUGGUUAUACCUAUGUAUGUGUGUAGAAUAGUGUUGUUGGGUUUUAUAAUGUUGUUUAUCUUACUGUUGUUGACUUUUUCCAUCCUCUCCCCCCUAUCCUCCUUUCCCUCUCUCGCACUCCUCCUUUUUCAUGUGUUCAUCGGCUUUAAAGGGCUUAAGUGUCACAUCAGUUUGUUUUUAACUGUUUGUUUUAAUAGAUGACCUCAGAACUGUUUCAUAUCUAUAGGUUUACUGUAAUCACCCAAAUCUGUCCCAAGUGGCACCCUAUUCCCUAUAUAGUGCACUACGUUUGACCCGGGCCAGCAUCAGGCUCGGGUCAAAAGUAGUGUUCUAUACAAGGGGGAAUAGAGUUCCAUUUGGGACACAGACACUAUAUGGCUGUCUCUCAACACUCUGUCGUUGCCUCCUUUCCUUUUUAGAGUGCGGCAAGUAACCUUGCGGUUAGUUAGGCCAGUAAACAGCCGAAGAGGUCGCUGAUUCGAGUACCUGAGCCGACAAGGUGAAACAUUUGUCAAUGUGCCCUUGAGCUCCAGGGGCGCCGUACUACUAUGGCUGACCUUGUAAAACACUACACUGGACUGUGUUUUUCUUCUUCACAACCUUGAUUCCGUUCCUUCAUUGCCGCUAGUCGAUUUAUAGAGGUGUAGAGGUUUCCUCUGUGUAGAGGUUUCCUCUGUGUAGAGGUUUCCUCUGUGUAGAGGUGUCCUCUGUGUAGAGGUGUCCUCUGUGUAGAGGUGUCCUCUGUGUAGAGGUGUCCUCUGUGUAGAGGUGUCCUCUGUGUAGAGGUGUCCUCUGUGUAGAGGUGUCCUCUGUGUAGAGGUGUCCUCUGUGUAGAGGUGUCCUCUGUGUAGAGGUGUCCUCUGUGUAGAGGUGUCCUCUGUGUAGAGGUGUCCUCUGUGUAGAGGUGUCCUCUGUGUAGAGGUGUCCUCUGUGUAGAGGUGUCCUCCGUGUAGAGGUGUCCUCCGUGUAGAGGUCUCCUAUCAUGCCCUGCCAGAUCAGUGGCCAUAGAGGAAAGGACACAAGGGAAGGAAGCUAGUUAACACUAUUAAGACACAGCCAGGUAGGGACAUGCCAAACAAAAGCUAGUCACAAUGUCUGAUUUCCGAGAUGAAGUGUUUUGAGUGCUGUUUUUUUUUUUUUUUUGUCAUAAGAGAAUCAAUGCUGUCAAAGGGCUUGGCUGUUGCUUAUUAAAACAAAUAUACAUUAGCA